ACUUAACUUCCCAGAAAGUCUAAUUCAAAUCUUUGAAGUUAACGACGUAACAAGAAAAGGUUAAUUCUUAGCAUACGACUACGCGCGUGUGCAAAAACAAAGGCCACUUGUAGGUAGUGUCACGCAAAGGGCACCUCACUCCCGUUUUUAUUGCAGCAACUUUGUGUUUGGGGCACCACUCGCCACCGGAACAUUGUCCUAGAAACAGCUUGACUUUCACACGCUACAGGUACACAAGUCGUUGACUUCGUCUAAGAUGUUAAUGAUGUGAAACUGUCCGUUCAAAUGUUUCUUUCACUGACCCCCUUUGUUGAUUGUGGGUUGUGCAAGCCCUCCUUCAUGUCCAUGCACUUGGCAGUAGUUUUACUGUGUUUUUCCCCAGUGAUCAGAGGUGAAAGUAGCGUCCAACAUGUCAGAGAUGACAAAAAUAUUUGGCUGAUGACUCCAAAUGGCACGCAUCGCGUAGUCGAUGCCAAUUCCGCUCUCACAAUUACUUGCAUUUACGUUUAUGCGGACGAUCCUGAAAGUCAUUUCAAGAAUUUUUCCGGGAAAUGGCAAAUGCCACCCUUCCUCGCCAGAUAUCCGCAAAUCACGAACGCAAUUGAACGUUUCAGCCAGGCAACUGAUAGGAACGAAACCCACAUGUCAUGGACAAUGACAUUGGAUAACGUCACUCAUCAAGACACGGGCUAUUUUACAUUCAUCUACGGCGAAAUGGAGAUGAAACAAUACAUUUACGUCUUUGAUGAAACAAACCUCGUCACCAUGAACGACAAGAGUUACUUCCCCGACUAUUACCUGUUCUUUUUCCAUCAAGGGGAAUUGGGUGUUCAAAUUCCAUGCAAGCCGACCCAUCCAAAUGUCACCGUUUCCCUCAUCCAGAUUGAAGCACUCAACGUCAUCAAUCCAGAACUUCAGGAUCUGCUUGCUGAACCCAACUCCAGUUGGAGUUAUGGACCGGAACGCGGACUAACGUUGAAAGAUGUGACGAUUGGAAACACCGGCAAUUACAAAUGCGUUGGUACAAUGAACAACGUCACGGAUGAGAAACAUUUCACAAUUACUGUCAAAGGAAUGGAGUUGGAGAGAGUUGGCGAUCCGAAAGAUCCGCUGGUAGGAAGUAACAUCACUCUGAUAUGUCGUUCCAUUUUCCCCGAAGUUAAAUAUCCUGCUCCUCCCGAAUGGGCCUAUCAGAUCAAUAAUGCAAUUGGAAUCCAAGUUAUAAAUGAAACAGACCCGCCUGAAGGCUUUCGCAUCCAGACGGAGGGAGAAAAGCAAAAACACAACACGAGUGGUUUCAACCUGAACUAUUACGAAAGUCGAUUGCAUUUGUUUAAGAUAAACAAAAACACGUACACUACGUACCAAUGCAAAGCCAACAAAUACAAGGACGCGGUAACUAAAACAAUUUCAUUUCGGAUCAAGGCAGAUCAAACAAACGACCCUACAUCAGAAUUUAUCUUGGUGGAAAAGGAAGGAACAGCAACAAUUUUCACGGUCGCCUUUUCUUUAACUCUAAUCAUACUAAUCUUACUCGGAAUCGGCAUUGGCGUCAAAAUGCAUCUCGAUAAAAAAAAACAAACGUUGCAUGGAAUGAAGAAGCUACUUGGAGGAAGCACAAAAGAAAUCAAUCGCCAGCUAUCACUAGAGGAACAAACUGAAUAUCUACCUUACGAUAAACGAUGGGAAUUCCCGAGGUAUCGUCUCAAACUUGGUACUCAACUGGGAGUCGGAUGCUUUGGGCGUGUUGUUAAAGCAGAAGCCGUGGGAGUCAAACGUGCUCAAGAGACAGUUAAAACUGUUGCCGUCAAAAUGGUCAAAUCGCAGACCAAUAUCGCUGCAUUGGAAAAUCUUGUUAGUGAAUUGAAAAUCCUGAUCUAUCUGGGCUCUCAUCUUAACGUGGUUAAUUUGCUGGGGGCCUGUACCAAACGCAUACGCAAAGGUGAGCUGUUGGUUAUCGUCGAGUACUGCCGAUAUGGUAAUCUGCAAGCUUAUUUGGUCAACCACCGCCACAAAUUCAUCAACCUCGUAGAUGAAUUUGGUAACAUGAAAUCAGAGAACGAAACAGACGACGUUGACCACGUGGGAAGAUGCCUAAGCUUGGAAGAAAGCCACUCUGGUACGGAGAAUCAAAAUGACCUUACACAAUUGAAAAAUGCAACAAAAUACAACGAGGAAGAGACCGAUCUGGUCACAACUUUAAAUGAGCCGUUUUCCACUCGCGAUUUGAUUUCGUGGUCGUUUCAGAUCGCCCGUGGAAUGAAUUACUUGUCUAGCAAAAACGUGUUGCACGGCGAUUUAGCUGCACGCAAUGUUUUGCUGGCAGACGACGGUGUUGUCAAGGUGGCAGAUUUCGGAAUGGCUAAGAAAAUGUACUACGAAAGAAACUAUGAGAAAACCGGCCAGGGAUUGAUGCCAGUCAAGUGGAUGGCCAUUGAAUCCCUGACGGAUCGCAUCUUUUCCAGUCAAUCGGAUGUCUGGUCGUACGGAGUUCUAUUGUGGGAACUGUUUUCUCUGGGUAAAGUUCCAUAUCCAGGAAUGGACGCUGGUCAUUUACUGGUUCAAGUAAUUCGAAAAGGAUAUCGUAUGGAGAGACCAGACUACGCUCCCAAUUUCUUUGGAGAAAUCUUAUUCGAUUGUUGGAAAGGUGAACCGAAUGAAAGGCCCACCUUCAGUCAACUGGAGGAGACGAUCUGCAGUCACAUGGAAACCUCAAUCAGUUCCACCUAUUUGAAUCUAAACGCUGCAUACGUUAAAAUGAACGAAGAGAAGGACACUGCUAGACCAACGGAUCUUUUUGGCCUGGCAAAGAUGCUGAACGAGAAAUCACAGUUGAAUGACAAAUUGCAAUGUGACAACGAAUCACAUUCUCGAAAGACAGAAAAUGCGGUUCGCUACUCGAUGUUUCCUCAGAGAAUUUAAAAACUUUUGACAAAAAUCCUGAAUCAACUGACACUUUACGUACGUACGUUACAUAAAAGUUCUCUUAAACUAACAGUCAGAUGUUGCCUCCGACUGUAGGCUUUCCAACUUCACGUUGUUUUGUGAUGACUACGGAUCUCCCCCUCCCACACAAACAAUAUGGACGUCAAAAAUGUAGAUUAACAAUCUAUCUAGCUUUAGCUUCGUGAAUAUUUCCUGUCUUGAACUUCAACAUGUACCUUGAAACUCGUUUCUUUUUAGAAGAACAAUAAAAUGCUUCACCCACGAA